GCGUCUUUGCAUUACCCCAACCUUGGCAAUGGACAGGUUUAAACUAACAGACUGAUUUUAGUACUAACACUUUGUCUAACAUCUUAUUUUGGUUCUGAGUUGGUGACGGUGGUUACAUGGUGAUAUAGGAUUAAGUGGCUAACUAAUAACAUGGCUAAAGCUCUUGUGGUACUGAUCCUCUUGGCUAGUUGUUUGGCCUUGAAUGGUCAAGAAGAGGAGUCUGUAGAGACAGAGCUGGGACAGCAAAUUGUUAAAGAAAAUCCAAGCUAUUCGUUCAGUUACGGAGUGUCAGACACCAAGACUGGUGAUAUCAAGAGCGUGUGGGAAGCAAAAGAAGGUGAUACUGUUAAAGGUCACUACAGUGUUGUAGAACCAGAUGGUUCAGUGCGAACCGUCGAGUACUCAGCAGGCCCAAACACAGGAUUUCAAGCAGUUGUCAACAACGGAGACGUGGGUGUCGUCGAAACAAGCCGCAGCCUCACAGAUGAUGCUGAAGAUAAAGCCAUGAGGGACUACGAAAGAUAUUCUGACUAUUCCGAUGACGCUGAUCUAGACUAUUUCCCAAAACAUGAAAGGAAAAGAAAGCGACCACAAUUCGACUCAUUCAGAGACUACUCCGCAAGGAAAAGACCACAUUACCCAAGUGACUUGGAACCCAGCGAAUAUACUCAUAGCUACUCCAUCAAACAUCCCUACGACGAAGCAGAAUCCCACGUAGGAUUUAUCGCCGAUCCCAACUGCAAAAAGAAGAAAAAAGAAAAUGACGAAAACUUGUACACAAGUAUUUUGGAUUCUGAUGGUAGCAAACAAAAGUAUCCUAGUUUCAGUUCAAACUCGUACAAAGAAAACUUUGAGAAGUACGAAAAUUUCGACUUCGAUAAGCCUUUUAAUCCUUACAAAUAUGGUUACAAGGGCUCAAAAUAUGAAGACAACGUGAAACCAGCUUCGUCUAUAAAACACAGUUUUCCUGCUUUACCCGAUGCACCAAUCCCGGAUAAGUUUUACCCAGACGAUAUGCCUACUCGUCCGAAGAAGAAAUACAAGCCUCCGAAGUACCCUGAAGUAAGCGACAACCUCGACGACUAUGUCUUGGUCCCGAAGAAGAAGUAUAAGAAGAAGCCAACGAAAGAGGUUAUGCUAAACGAAUACAACCACGAAAGUUACGACGAUUUCGAUCGCCCCCGUUAUCCUGACGAAGAUGAGGACCGAUUCAUUAGCCCUCCAAGAGGGAACUACGGUCCCAAAGAAGUGGUCCGAAAAGUAAUUAAGAAACGAAAACCUGUAAUAAACCUACUAGAUAUAUUUGAUAUAUAAAUAUUUUAAAUUUUACUAAUCAUACAAAGUAGACUGCAGUGUGGCUGAACCAAAAAGUAUUGUAAGUAUAGUUUUGCUAUUGGUGAUAUACUAAAUUAUAGUUUAAUAUCAUUAUUUAUUGUCAUAGAGGAUUUUUUAGUGAAUUCUAAUGAUUCAAUGUUGCUAUAAUUGCAUUCCUCUUAAUCAAAAAUCUUGAUCUGUUUUUUUUUCUAAUAUUAUUAACGUAUUAGCGUUAUUAAAUUAAUAACGCAACAUUACAAUAAUAAUAGUUGAUUCCUAACAAAUUCUUACAAUAAAAUUACAGUUUGAUUGUCUUUUCGUGUGUGUGUAUGUCAUUGUUAACAAUGAUAAG